AAGACUGAAUUAUUUCAGUGCCUUGAACAUUGUAUGAAAAUGGUUAGUUUUAACAUUGAAAAGUUUUAAGGGCUUUGAACUUAAAAUGAAAAAAAUAAUUAAUGCACCAUCUGAAAUUUUGGCUGCAUGCGGGGGCAUCCGUGACAUGAUGACACAUUUCUAGUUUAUAAAUUACUUUAUUAUGCCCCCGAAGGGUGGCAUAUUAAAAUCGAACCGUCCAUCUGUCGUUUUGCAGUCCGUCCGUCCCUCCCAUUUUAUACAUAUAGACAGUGAUGGUCAUGUCCUUGACUUCUAGUACAUAUGCAUUUGUCCAUACAGCAAUUUUUAAAACAAAUAUAUAUAUAUUGAAACAAUAAGAACACUUCUUUCCUGACAAAUUUUGUUGUUAUAUACAUGAUUGUACACAUGAUAUACAGUCUUACUUGCCCAUGCGACCACGAGUAUUAAGCGACUUUUGUCUUAAACGACCACUUUAAAUUCCCCCCGAUCAUUUUCUCUCUAUAUUUUUAAUGUAUUAAGCGACUUUUGCUCAACGCAACCAGCGACCGCUAAUUAGUCACCUAAUUGAGAGCAAUCUUUUCAUCAAACGACCACUUUUACCUGUCAAGUAAUUGUAUUUUUAGAGAACGCCACCUCGUAAUGUAUAAAUGUGUGAAAAACUCUAUUUCCCAAACCGUUUUAGCGUAAGCAAAUGAAGUUAAGUAUACGCCUGACGUGUAUUAUCCAAUAAUAUCGGAUAAACAAUGCAACGCUCCGCCUCUACUCAGAUGUGGUGUAUACACUUCGCUUGUUGACAUUUAGACUGCAUUGAAUUGACCUUGAACUUGAUCAGCGAUUAAAAUUAGAUGUAGUUUGUUUAUUUCGAAUGAAAAAAUGCACAACAGAAAAACAUCUUCACUAAUAGGGUUUUCGUGUUGGAGACAAGGAAAAAUAACGGAGAUGUUAAAAAAUUCUGGAAAAAAUGUCAAACAUGUAUACGUAAUGGAUCAAAACUGUUUUGUCAAUAAAUAUCUGAAAGUUAUUUUUUACAUUGGCAUCCAUUUAGAUUACCGAGCGUACUAAUUAUUCAACAUUUAUAUUAAAAUGAAGUUGUAAAAUAUUCCCACCGCAUAAAAAAGAUGUCAUUUGUAAAUUUUUACUUUUAUGUCAUGCAUUGUCUUAAGAGACCAUUUCAUUAAGCGACCGUUUUGGGUGUUUCCCUUGCAUGGUCGCUUAAUACAAGUUUGACUGUACGUACGACCGAUAUGUAGCAUGCCGAUCAUGAUUCAGAGCUCCAGAUAGCGUGCGUAUCAGCAUAAAAUACGCAUAGGAAAUCUAAAAUACGUAUCACUUUCAAAAUCCGUGCGUCAAAGUUACGCACAACAAAAUGAAAAUACGCUUGUAUGUCAAAAUUUAAUCUGAAAGAAUAGAAGUGUAAACAUUUGAUAUUUAGAAAGAGGAUGUUUUAAGCAUAAAAAUACAAUAUAUUUCCAUUUUAUUGCUUUGAAAACUAAAAAUUCUGUUGUCAUCAACGCAUGUUAAAAACAAAAGUAACAGGAAGUACAGAAGGGAGAUAACUCUCAUAGAUCAAUAGAAAAAUUUCGGGGGAGCAUAUAGUCGUCGUCUUGUCCGGCCCAUAACUUUGUUAUUUGAAGUCGGAUUUUAAAACUAUUUCACAGAAAUGAUCACCAUAUUGAGACGACGUGUUGCGCGCAACAUUUGGGGAGCUACCUUGAAGGUCAAGGUCACAGCAUGAACUUGCAGCAAAAUCGUGUCCGGCCCAUAACUUUGUUACUGGAAGUCGGAUUUAACAACUAUUUCACAAAAAUGAUCACCAUAUUGAGACAAUGUGUUGUGCACAAUAUUUGGGUUGUUUUUACACUUUGAACUUUGUCUGUGGCAUAACUCGGACACAACAAGAGGUAUACCUUCCUGUGUCCAAAACCUAUUCGGGGAGCAUCACCCGGUUCAACCGGCUCUUGUUUGUUUAGGCAUCUAUUGACAUGCUUAUGCCUCAAUAUUAUAACAAAAAUAUAUUUUAAUUUCUUUCACUUUUGUUGUUGGAACAAAAAAGACACGUUUUUCACCUGCAGUUUUGUACUCAAUAUUUUCGUACCCAGUCUACAGUUACAGACAAUUUUCUCUCAGACCAAUGCUUUGUUAAGGAAAGAUAAAAAAUCUUAAUUAUUUUUUCUUUAAUCUGGAGUACAUGAUAAGGUACAUGCCAACAGAAAUAAAGAAAGAAAAUAUUGACUCCUAGAAUAUGAAAUAAUUUCAGGGCUUCCACUAGUGGAAGUUUGGGAGUCAUUUACUCCUUCAUUUUGGCUUGUGACUUCCAAAAUCUAAUACUUUUCCUUCUUUACCUAUAAAAUGUGACUUCCAAUAUCAGAGAUUUUGAAGUCUGACUUCCAAAUUUUGAAAAUGGAAGCCUUGAUAAUUUUGCUGUGUAUACUCUGGAAGUCUGACUUUACAGAGCAUGUUUUGUACUGUUUCACAUUGAAUCAGUAUCUUAUUUGUAAAAGUUUUUCUAAAAAAAGAAAACAAACAAACAGAAACAAUAUUGUAAGUUUAAUUUGUUUAUAAAAAAUGCAAAAUGCUUUUUUUGACAGAUUUUACCCCUUUUUCAGAAUUUGCAUUUUACCCCUCACUCUAGAUUUUGAGGGGUAAAAACGCCUUGGCCAAAAAAAUUAUCUGGAGCUCUGAAUUGAUUCGUAGUUUUUCCGGGAUGUCGUGCCCACGUGCGUAAGCUGGGCCAUCCUUAAAAAAAUGUUCGUUUGCAGUAACGCGACCGACUCACAAAAUUUGCCCCUACUCAAAAUUUUUUUUCAUGGUCUGGAUAAAAAAAAAUUUUUUUUUAAUCAGAAAAUUAUACCUUGUGCUUUGUUAUCCCCCGCCGAAAAAUUUCGGCGGAGGAUAUAGAAAUAGUCUCCGUCCGUCCGUCCGACCUUCCGUCCGUCCGUCCGUCUGUCCGUCUGUCCGAGCAGACGAGAGCUACAUUAUGAGGUUUAGGUUUAUGUACAGGCACUCUGUAUGGGGUUCAUUCCGUAGAGACAUGUAUUAUGUGGUUAAAAAUGCUCUUAUGGGGUUAAAAAAAUUUGCUCUUGUGGGGUUAAGAGAUCAAAGGAAUAACCCCACAAACACGUCUGCUAAGUAUGUCCGUCCUUCCGUCCGACAUUUUUGUCCGGAGCAUAUCUCUAAAAGUAUUUGAGUUAUCAACUUGAAACUUCAUAGGUGGAUAGACCUCAUUGAGGAGGAGUGCAGUGCACAAGAAUGAUAACUCUACCUUGCAUGAUUUUUGAGUUAUUGCCCUUUGUUAUUUUUCAAAAUUGAUUUUUGUCCAGAGCAUAACUCCAAAAGCCUAUGAGAUAUUAACAUGAAACUUCAUAGGUGCAUAGAUCUCACUCAGGAGGUGUGCAGUGCACAAGAAUGAUAACUCUACCUUUCAUAAUUUUUGAGUUAUUGCCCUUUGUUAUUUUUCAUACCUAAUUUUUCACCUGAGUGGAGCAUAACUCAAAAAGUGUUUGAGAUAUCAACAUGAAAUGUCAUAGGUGGAUAGAUCUUAUUGAGGAGGAAUGUUGUGCGCAAGAAUGAUAACUCUUCCCUAUACAAUUUUUGAGUUAUUGCCCUUUUUUUUCCAUGCUAUUUUGUCCAGAGCUUAUCUCAAAAAGUAUUUGAGGUAUCAACUUUAAACUUCAAAGGUGGAUGGAUCUCAUUGAGGAGAAGUGCAGUGCUUAGGAAUGAUAACUCUACCCUGCAUUAUUUUUGAGUUAUUGCCCUUUGUUAUUUUUCAAAAUUAAUUUUUGUCCAGAGCAUAACUCAAAAAGCCUUUGAGAUAUCAAAAUGAAACUUCAUAGGUGCAUAGAUCUCUGACUCAGGAGGUGUGCACUGCACAAGAAUGAUAACUCUACCUUUUAUAAUUUUUGAGUUAUUGCCCUUUGUUCUUUUUCAUACUUUAAUUUUUUCUCAAAAAGUAUUUGAGGUAUCAACUUGAAACUUCAUAGGUGGAUAGAUUUUACUGAGGAGGGAUGCAGCACACAAUAAUGAUAACCUACCCUGCAUUAUUUUUCAGUAAUUGCCCUUUGUUAUUUUCAGCCAUCAGUAUUCACAUAGGUUUCAAAUCUGUAAUCAUUAUAGCCAUCAGUUUUCAUUACCAAAAGACCUCUUAAAAUAGAAUUAUUCCGCUCUACUACAUAUACAUUCUUCCAAUGAGCAAACACAUUCGGCGGGGGAUGGCCAUGUUGACAUGGCUCUUGUUUUCAUUCUUUUAAAGGUUAAUAGAAGAAAUAAAAUGUAGGUCUUAUUAAAUUAGAAUUCAGUUAUCAAUUUAUUAAUUGUUACCAGAUUAUCAAAGCAUAUAUUGUCCAGCAUUUUGAAAUUCCAUGUUUAUUUGGGAGUACAGUUCAAUAAAAAAAAAAAAUCGACCUACCUACCCACCUUGAAAAUUCUGGGUCGGGUUACUGCAAACAAACAUUUUUUUAAGGAUGGCCCUGUGUCAAAUUUGGCAUUUAUACAAAGAUAACAAUGCCAAACACUCUCACUGUCUACAACAUACCAAUCAUGAAGUAUUACUUCUUAAAAGACGGUUACAACAAUCACAGUUUGAGAAAGGAGCAGAUAAAGCUAGUCUGAUGGCUAUGUUUCAGAAGUCAGAAGAAGGGAAGCGAGGACCUAAUGCAGAGGAAAUUAAAAAAGCAACAUCAUCAGUGCAGCGGUUUGAGAAACCAGAGACAAGCUUAUCUACCAUUGCUACAGCCAUUGAUUUUCAGACUGAGUUAAGGAAAAUUCUUAUUUCACUGAUUGAAGUUUCACAAAAACUUCUCUGCCUUAAUCCUGAAGCUUCAAAGAUUUUCUCUCAAGCAGAAGAGAUUUUGAGUGAACAACCAAAGGCUAUAAAGGAAGAUGAAGAGAAUAAAAAACAGCUUGUAGACAUGGGCUUUCAGGAGAGCAGAGUUAAAAAAGCUCUUUUACUAAACAGGCAGUCUGUUGUUUCUGCAAUGGAAUGGUUAUUACAACAUGAGAAUGAUGAUGACAUUGAUGAACCACUACCACAGGGAUCAUCUGAUGAG